AUGGGAAUCACAGCUAACAUUGCGUUCCACACGCGAACGAUGUGGCUAUUCGCUUUCAGCGACUUGAAGACGAUAGUAAUCCCGAGCACUAUCUUCGGCGUUGUUAACGCACUAGCAGCCUCAAAAUACCGCGCUUCUCUUGAAACUCCCGAUUAUACUGAAAUUCUGAGAAGAUCGCCUCUCGUCCUUUUCUGGGUUUUGAUGCACUAUCUCCCCUUCGCUAUAAAUAACCAAAGAACGCCUCUAGCUAUCACCGAAGAUGCUAUCAACAAGCCCUGGCGUCCUCUUCCCAGCCGUCGGUUAUCUCCAUCCCAAGCCAAGAUCCUUAUGUUUUCUUUCUACAUCUCCGCGCAGCUUUGCAGCGUUUUCAUUACAGGCGGUUUGAGGCAAGGGGUGGGAUUGAUAUUCCUGGGGACUUGGUAUAAUAACUUUGGAGGCGCCGACGUAAACCCCUUGAUUCGCAACGCAAUCAACGCUCUCGGUUAUAUAUGCUUUAUAUCUAGUGCGAUGGAAGUUGCUCUUGGUGUGCCACUGCCGCUAUCGACUACAUCAGCUCUUGCAAAGUGGUUUGGUAUCAUCUCUGGCAUCAUCAUGACAACAGUACAUACUCAAGAUAUGUACGAUCAGGAGGGCGAUGCUCUUCGAGGCCGGCGCACAUUGCCGCUUGUACUUGGUGAUGGGCCUGCUCGAUGGAUUACGGCUGUCUGGAUGGUUGUCUGGGGAGUGUUAUGUCCUAACUUUUGGCACACCACAAUACCUACGCGAGCUGUAGGUAUGGCCCUGGCAUUGUUAGUUGGACUAAGAACCCUAGUAUUUAGGAGUGUUCCAAGUGAUAAGAUGACAUUCUUGAUAUGGAACAUCUGGGUAUCAUUUGUAUACGCUCUGCCACUUCUCCAAUCCUAG